AGGAAAUUAAUGAAUCACAAGAUGUCAACUUUGCAGUUCCUGUUGUUAAAUAUUUGCACAUCAACCCGUUAAUAUAGGAAUUAUAUGGUCUAGUUGACAUCGGUGAAUUGUUAUUCCGAAAGAUGUCUGCAUUUCAAAGCCCUCGACCCACUCCGCGUUUCUUCCAAGAGUUGCAGACAUUUUCAACCAAAAAGUCCAGGGGAACACCCAGAGAUUCUCUUCCACCGAAGCCUCCAGUGAAAAGUGCUCCCCCAGUCAGUCGGAUAUUCCCACACAGACCUGUGACAAGGGCUCAGCUCGUCUCUUUCAGAAGCACCACUAGUCAAGACUCUAUUUUGAGUCCUGGCUACAAUCAACACAGCAGGGAAUCUUACUUCAGUCAGUGCUUCCAGAUCAUCUCGCAGUUGGGCGUUGGCUCUUUUGGAGAGGUGUAUCAAGUUCGCAGUAAAGAAGAUGGAAAAUUGUAUGCAGUGAAGAAAUCUAGAGAUAGGUUCCGUGGGGAAUCAGACAGGCGAAGAAAGCUGGAGGAGGUAGCCAAGCAGGAGAAGCUGCCGAGUCACCCUAACUGUGUGAGGAUAUAUCGUGCCUGGGAAGAGAGGCUUACCCUCUACCUUCUUGUGGAGCUCUGUAAAACAAGUUUGAGCAACUAUGCAGAGACACACCAUGAUAUUCCAGAGAGUGUUAUUUGGGACUAUUUGGUGGAUCUGCUACAGGCAGUGAAGCAUCUCCAUGACAACAACCUGGUGCAUAUGGACAUCAAGCCUGACAACAUCUUCAUAUCACAGGAUGGCAUCUGCAAGCUCGGAGACUUUGGGCUCGUCAUUGACCUCUCCAAGGGUAACGACUUUUCUGAAGCUCAAGAAGGGGAUCCGAAGUACCUAUCUCCAGAAUUGAUGAAUGGCAAGUUUGGCAAACCAGCAGACAUAUUUAGCCUGGGUAUAACUAUACUGGAGUUGGCCAGUGACCUUGACCUGCCCCGGGGUGGGGAUGGCUGGCACAUUCUCCGCCACGGGCACAUGCCAGAUGAGUUUCUCAGGGAUAAGUCAUUUGACCUGAAGUAUGUGAUUGGUCAGAUGUUGGACCCGGAUCCAAGGUGCCGUCCGACUGCUGAUCAGUGUCUUGCAUUUCCCUAUGUCAGAAAGGUGUUAAAGCGCCGUCGUCGUGACUACAUGCUGAAGAGUGCUGUGGCAACAGUAAAGUCAUCCCUGCACACCCUGUGGGCCUGGUUCCUGGCCAUGUUCACUCUGCUUACCCUUCCUGUACAGAGGCUGCGAUAUCGGUUUGGAAAAAGGCGAUCCUCUAUUACGUCUGGCACAGGAUCAGACACAUCCCAUCUUGACCAUAGUCUCUCUGAUGAUGAGCUGUUUUGUAAUGAUGUGAGCAUCACCAACAACUCUAUUGGAGCCCCACUGGAAAGUUCUUCAUCAGAAAACAGCAUAAUGGAUCCCUCCCCAUUCAAGCCACCCAUGAGGAAUGCGUUCACGACUCCUGCCCUGAGGAACCGUCACUACAGCCACAUUCCAUCUCCAAUUAGUUCAUCACCUGUGGCACAUGGAUCAAGAGCUACUCCUGGCCACUCAGCGAGCCCAGUCCACAACACAAGAGAGGACUCCCUGGACACUAGUAGCCUGAGCUGGAGUGACGAUGAUCGACCAGUCACACCCACUGUCGGUCAGGCGGAAGAUACUCCAGUGAACAAGUCGACUAUAGAGCCUAAAAACCUCAUGGGGAUGUUUGACGCUGCCAGUGAUGAAGAGUGUUAAGGUUCAUGCACGCCUGGACAUGUGGGCUAGUAACCCCAGUGUUAAGGUUCAUGCGUGCCUGGACAUGUGGGCUAGUAACCCCAGUGCCUGGACAUGUGGGCUAGUAACGCCAGUGUUAAGGUUCAUGCACGCCUGGACAUGUGGGCUAGUAACCCCAGUGUUAAGGUUCAUGCGUGCGUGGACAUGUGGGCUAGUAACCCCAGUGUUAAGGUUCAUGCACGCUUUGACAUGUGGGUUAGUAACCCCAGUGUUAAGGUUCAUGCACGCCUAGACAUGUGGAUUAGUAACCCCAGUGUUAAGGUUCAUGCAUGCCUGGACAUGUGGGUUAGUAACCCCAGUGUUAAGGUUUAUGCAUGCAUGCGUGCCUGGACAUGUGGGUUAGUAACCCCAGUGUUAAGGUUCAUGCGUGCCUGGACAUGUGGGUUAGUAACCAUGUGUUCAGUACUGCCAGUGUUCAUGGCAAUAUGACAAAUAGCGUUUAAUUGUGCUUUGAUCAUUAACCAGUGAUGUGUUCUACUUUAUCUAUGCAAUACAAGUGGUGCCUUAAAGAUAUAUUACUCAAGUUGUUCACAUUGUACAGUUUUAUUGUGUUAUUGCUGAAUUAAAAAGAAUGUGUUCCUCAACUGUGUUCCGAUACAAUUAUUAUAUUAAAAUGUGUUCAUACAUGUAUGUUGAAAUGUGUUCAGAUAUUUAUGUUUAUUGACAUUGAGAUUGCUUUGAAAUGUGUUCCAAAAGUUUUAAACCUGUAUUUUGAGGUGUGCUUCAUCUAUGCCAAUUUAUUUCCAAGAUGAUUUGAUAAAUUCUUGUUCCAUGUCAUGUUAAUUUUGAUAUUUUAUGUUCUGAUUGUAAAUUUGUCAAAUACUUUAAUGUUUGAUACAUGAUUGCUAUAAAUAACCACAUGUGUUCUUGUUACAAUUGUUUAUUGUAUUAUUGCUGUAUUGUUUCACUGUAUAAACUGCAAAAUUCACUGUAUUAAAUGAUAUAUGUCCUGUAUAUUAUUUUCUUGUGCUUUUUUAUGUAUUUGUUCAUCUUUCAGCUAAGCUUAAAACAAGGUAAACAUUAUUAGCUCGUUGAAUUAUGGCCCAAUAUCUACUUAAAAACAGCCGACUUACUGAUGUACAUUCAGCAAAACAGAACCGCAUAACUUUCAGAAUUUUGUUAUUACAUGCAGUGCAUAAAUGUGAAUACUUUUUAUAUUUGUUAAAAUGUCUCGUAAAUGUUCUUUGUGUUUUUUCGAUUGUUAUUUUUUUGCAAUUCUGUUGACCUGUUAAAGAACGAACUGCUUCAAAGUAUUUCUAAUUUCUGUAUAUUUUGAAAUGCUAGUUUUCAAUAAAUUAAAGAAGGGUU